AUGACACGCGGGUUACGACUACCCCUUGGGAAUUGUAAUCAAAGUAUUGGAACAGUACUACCUAAUAGUGCAGUGUGUGCUUCACUUGAGUCAACAGUAGGUUUCAUGCAUCCUAUCGAGUCAGGCUCUGACUGA